AUGCUGUGGAAUGAGACUGCCACCUGCAAAGAAACAUGCCAAAAACCCCACUGGGACUCCAGACUCCAGCUGGCACCAGACCAGGAGAGUUACAAGAAGAAUGAAGAAGUGAUGCUGAGCUGUCCCAGGGGUUUCCAGCCACUCUUCAACUAUGUCAAAUGUACAGGAAAAGCUCUGUCUGUUAUCAAUGGAAACCCUGUAUACAGAGAAGCUUGGAAUGGAAGGGACAGAAGAAACAGCUGGAUCAACCUUCCGCCCAAGUUCAGGGUACAGUGCCUUGAUAUCCUCCAGGUUGUCCCUGAGAGCCUGAAGGUUUCCAGCACCAGCAUCAAACUGAACUGGAUCUGCAUGCUCCCUGAUAUGUGCCCGCAUAUUCGGGCCAGGUGCCGGCUGGAGCACCAUCCCUCCUCAAACUGUAAGGCUGAGGAGGUGAAGGGAGAGGAGAUACUACAAGGCCAAGAGGGAACUUUCAUCUGCCCCCCUCUGCAGCCCUUCACUGUCUACAGUGUCACCAUCUCCCUGAUGCCUAGCACAAUCCUGUACACACGGUUCUUCACGACAAAGGAAAUGGUGCCAGACAAACCAGAGCAGCCGUGGCUGGAUAGCAGCAGGGGGUCCAUCAGGUGGAAGGCGCUGCCCUCCUGCAAAGGGGAAAUCAUUGGAUACCAGCUGAACAUCACCACCAUGAGAGCGGAGGACGGCAGCUUCCUCGAAUUCAGUCAGGUGUUGGUGAACCAGUCUGUCUCUGAGUAUGUGCCACCUCGCCAGACGGCUGGCAGCAAAUACCUGGUGACAGUGCAGGGCCUGACAGCAGCUGGGGCUGGGGCUGCAUCACAGCUGGAAUUCCAAACCUACGUCAUGGUUUCAGGGCAGGGUCUGGGCCCUUGGCCUGGGUCAACAGUCGUUGUAGUGGUGGUGGUGCUGCUG